AUGGAUCUCGUUGCGUUGUUGAUCUGGGUGUUUGAGUCAAACCGUUAUUAUCUCAUCAGUACAACCGAAGACCUCAUGACGCGGCAUCCUUUCGACGAGUCACCGAUGGCGGUUAUCGCUGGCCUUGCUUGCUUUGGCCCUGGUGCAAUAUGGAGCCGAUCUGGAGGUGGCAGCAUAAAAUGCAAAAGCGUAGGCGCCUCGAGGAUCCGAACCAUCAACCCAGCCCAGUCGUCCUAG